CAGUCCUGGUCAAAGAUGGCCAAGCUCACUUUGCUUACAGGUCUGGUCCUCCUCCUGAACGCCUAGAUGGGCACUGCGUCUGUGCUGUCAUGUUACUUCACCAGCUGGGCCCAGUAUAGACCUGGCCUGAGAAGUUUCAUGCCAGACAACAUUGACCCAUGCCUGUGCACUCACCUGCUAUAUGCCUUUGCUGGGAUGUCCAACAAUGAGAUCACAACUUACGAAUGGAACAACGAGACCCUUUAUAAAUCCUUCAACGGCCUGAAGACCAGAAUAUACCCUCUCAGAUCCUGCCCCAUUAUUCAGCAUCUGUUCCGUGCUCCAAACCCAUCUGACACUGCUAUUGGGGCACCAACAUCAGGACCUGGGCCAGCUGGACCUUACACUAAGCAGGCUGGGGUUUUGGCUUACUACAAGGUAUCUGCAAAUGUCCUGGACUCUGGAGCCACCCAGGCUUGGGAUGCCCCCCAGGAUGUGCCCUGUGCCUACAAGGACAACGAAUGGGUUGGCUAUGACAACAUCAAGAGCUCCAACAUCAAGGUACGGUGGGCGAAGAAGAACAAUUUUGGAGGUGCUAGUUGGGCCCUUGAUCUGGAUGACUUCACUGGCACUUUCUGCAAGGAAGGCAAAUAUCCCCUGAUCACCAGUCUGAAGAAGGGUCUUGGUAUGCAAAAGGGCAAGUGUGUACCUCCAACUCAGCCCAGUCCUCCAGCCACUGAACCUCCCUGUACUACAGGUGGAAUUGGAAGUGGGAGCGGGGGCUCUGGUGUUAGUGACUUCUGUGCUGGCAAGGCCAAUGGCAUCUAUGUAGAUCCAGCCAACAAGAGCAUCGUCUACAACUGCAUUAAUGGCAAAACCUUUGUGCAGAGCUGUGAUGACAGUCUCAUCUUUGAUAUCAGCUCCUCCUGCUGCAACUGGCCAUGAA